GGGACCGAAGCCGAGCUGCAUCAGAGAGCGAGCCCCCAUUCUUUCGGCCCAGUCAAAAUCCAUGAUGCUCACCUGCCCCGAUGUUCGUGCACUCGCUGGUUGCCGCUUUCAGAUUGUCGACCUCGUCCGCAAGCUGACCCAGAACAUGUCCCACUACCAAGUCGACCGCGCUGUCCAAGAAGCCAAGAUGAGGGAAGCUGCUGUGGUCCAACGAGGACCGGUGGACCCUUCCAACCCCGCCGAGGACGACAACAUGCCCGAGGUGCCCACGCGCAUCCAACCGGAGGCAACAAGCUCUGCUGCAGCGAGUCAGUUUUCGUCUCCCGUUGCGAUCCAGCCCCUGACCGUUCUCCGAAGCUAUACUCCUGAACCAGACACAGAAGUCGACAUUGUCCCGGCCCCGACGCUUGGAAAGGGCAAGGAGACGUUGCGGCGCUCUACCAGUCAGCGAAGCGACAUCAAGGUCGCACUGUCAUCGGACGAGCUUCCGCAAAAGCUGCGAAAGGAACUGGAGUAUAUGCAGAUGCACCACACGGACGAGCUGAAGCAAAAAUCAUCCCGGGUCGUCAUCGAACUGGUCGACACCGAAAGAAACUACCGAAACGGACUCAAAACGCUGCUGGAUCUGUACCGCGAUCGUCUGCGAGACUCGGGCUUGCUGAAACCCAUCGACAUCGAUACCAUCUUUGGAGUUAUUCCCGACCUCUACCGCCUUAGCUGCGACCUCUACACCCAGUUUUGCGAAGCCCUCAAGCGCUUUGAAGAAGAGCCCUAUGGCAUUACCGCGUGCUUCCUGGAACAGAUCGAGCGCUGGAAAAUCUACAUCAUCUAUGUGAAAAAGUUCUCGGGUGCCAAGAGACUGCUGCGCGAAAUGGAGGACAAGAACGAAGCCUUUAGCAACCUCCUCGAAGAGAUCCAGCGGAUGCCAGAGUGUCGACGACAGGAUAUCCACCAGUUCCUGCAUCUGCCAAUCCAGAGAAUGUCGAGUUAUUGGUUGCUGCUGGAUCGGCUCGGCAAGUGCUGCGAUCGUAGCGAUAUCCAGUGGGAAAGAAUCAACGGCACCGCAGAGUAUAUUUUCCAGAUCGGAUAUUUGCUGAACACGGCCCAGCGUGAGGAAGAGAAUGUGUACAAGAUGUUCAAGGUUCAGCAGACGGUCAAGAACUGCCCGGCCGACCUGGUGUCCUUUUCGCAGCGGUCGUAUAUUGAUGAGUUCCAAGUCCUGGACGACAUCCAGCGUACUCGCAUCAUGACAAUCUUCCUGUUUACGGACUGUAUCCUCAUCACAGUCGACAGGCGCUCCAUGAUCAAGGGCGAUCGAUGGAAGUACGAGCUGGUGGAAAAGAUCGACUUCAAGAGCAUCGCGAACGAGCUGCCGAUCUACUUCAAGGGUGACGACAAUUGCGUUCUCCAAUGGCAGACACGCCUGGUAUCCGAGCCGCCGCCUCCGGCGCCAGCGUCCGACCGGCGGGCCAACUCGACCUCCAAGUUUGGCCUGUCCAGUUUCUUGAAUCGCAACGCUUCAUCCUCCGUCGCCGAGAACGUGACAAGCCCGCCCGGAAGCAGCAGCGAUCCCGGUCGGCGGCACCCCGAUGGAUCCAGCCCCACUCACGCUCGCCAGCAAGCAUACUACGUGCGCUUCUCCCAAGUCGCCGAGCGGGACCGCUUUGUCGAAGUGGUUGGACAGGCGUUCGAUCGGUUCAAAAAGUAGUCGACUUCCUGCGACUCGGCCACUGCAAAGCCAACCGCCAUUUCUUUUCGAGAUCCCCGGGUGCUUGCGAUGGGAUCGGAUGAGAUGGGAUGGAACCGAAUCGUGGCUCCCGCUCCCACACGACACCCAAUGCUUUUUUCUACUCCAUCUUCUACAGCUUGUUCAUACCGAAACAUGACAGUAUCCAUUUGUGUUCCUUCACA